ACCAUGCAUUGUAGUGAGUGGAAACGCCAAGCGGACGCUUCACAUGUAUACAUCCAGUGAAAUAUCUGUCUCAUUCGUCUAUCUGUGGCUGAACUGAGGUCCAUACUCCAGUCCAGGUGGUGGUAAUGCACCUUUAAGUUGGAUUCCAACCAAUAAAGACCAUAGAGGAAGACCAAAAUAGGCAAGAUUACUAGAAACCAACUAGGUUUUCCCUUUUAUCUGUAGAUUAAUUGUCGGAGUAGAGAACACAGGAUUUUGUGUGACUCAAAAUGGAUCAAAAUUCUACAAAGAUCAAGGGAAAAAAGGACCUUGUGCGUUUCCGAUAAAACAUCAACCUGAUGUUUACACCCCAGGAUAAAUUAGCUAGCAACUGCAAACUAACUAGCUAAAUGUCCAUGAAUGUAUCGACCUGUCCCCAAAUGAAUAUAGUUGGUUCAGAGUCCGUUUUGAUAUUUCAACCUUCUUAUCCUGAUCGCGUCUGGUGUGGCUGGACCAAAAUCAACAUGCGCGUGCCCUGUGACAGUACCACUACAUAUUCGUAGAAAGCUAGCACGUGACUGAAGUGCUGCCUGAUUGUGAUGUCAAAUGCCGGUGCCUCUAAAAUGAUGUGACCUUCCAUUACCCCCACACUAGGACUAUUCCAUAAGCAACCGAUAGAUGACAAUUCCUUGGCAGGUUUAAAAAGAUAUUAUUCAAAGGUAAUAAUCGUGACUCAUUUUGUUUUACCUUGCGACCGUAUCACUGCUGCUGGUAUUCUGCUAAAAUUAUGAUAGACCGGUAAGUUUAAUGUGAGUAGGACAGCGUGUCCUGGGCUUUGAAGAAUAGGAAUUGCGUAAACCUAACCUGCAAUUAGGAAACAAUUGACUAAGGCUGUGCCCCUCCAUCCAUGCCCUUUUAGAUUCUUUCAUUUAUAAUGGAUUUGGAUUAAAGUGUAUGGUUUUUUAGGUAGUUAGAUAUGUAUGGCAGAUCAUUGACCUCUUCUUAGCUUGCUAUAGCUAGCUAGCUCAGCAUCACUGACAGCUCCUUGUCAAUAAUAGCGGCAAAUUACUAACUUGAACAAACUAACAGCACUACCCAUCUGACGAGCCAACUCACCUGUCAGCUUUCUUCUAUAGAAAAAUGUGUUGUCGCAGUAAGAAACCCAAUUACAAUUAGCUAACUUGUUUUUGUUUUAACUAUAAAUUACAUAUUGGUUCGCUAAAUCGACAGAUUGUUAGUAGAAUACCAGCAGCAGUGAUACAAGCCCGCGAUGUCGGCUACAAUGCUCCGUUGAUGGUUAGCUAACUUUAGCUGGCUGAGCUAGCUCAGGGCAGUGUGGAAAAUUUGGCCCGUGUAGUUAUAUCUUUGAGCAAAAAGUUGUUGAUUUGGUAGCUAGAUCACGUCAUCUCAAAUGACCUUUCGAUGGUAGAAUCACCUUCAUCAGGGAGGUGACCCAGUUGCUUGCUGUUAGUCAACUAAAUAUUGCCCAGACUAAUCCAGACCAAGUCCUGGAUAACGUUAGGUGAUACACCAGAGUGUAGCUAACCUAACGUGUUCUGUAUCUUCCACUAGGUUACUAUGAGUGACAUUGCAAAGGGAAAGAAGGCCUUCGUUCAGAAAUGCGACCAGUGCCACACUGUCAAAGACGGUGGGAAGCACAAAGUGGGUCCAAACCUUUGGGGUCUGUUCGGACGUAAGACUGGUCAGGCUGAGGGCUACUCCUACACGGACGCCAACAAGAGCAAAGCAGUGAAAAAGAAUACCCACAGACAAGGCACGGGUGGUGGGUCACCAAAGGCUGACCUUACCCCAGCAGAGGACAUGGCCUUGGAGCUAAAUAAAGGCAGGCCCGUCUUAGAGGGGAUCCCUGGGGGGAAAGAGACGAGCAUAGGUUCCUCCCAAGAUGCCACCCGCUUCAUUCAAGUGCCUGGCAGCACUGUGUUCCUGUUAGAGCCACCAGCACAAGCACCAGACGAUGCUGAUCCAGGUGAAGGCCCCAGUGCAGCAGCAACAGCACAUGAUGGAGACGAUGAUGAGGAGGAGACCAUCUCUCUGGAUUCCAGAAGGCAUGAGGACCCAGAUGCUAUACAGUGGGAAAACCAGCCUGGCAACAUAAGCUCACAAGCUAUCAGAAAGUUGUAUGGCAACCACCUCCGGCGCCAAAUAGAACUGGCAGACAUAGACAUUCAGUACAAGAAGAAAAAGAUGGAAAAUCUUGCACUGGAGUCCGAAAUAAAAAAGAGGACAAUUAGGAAACUGGACCUUGAAAUAAAAAAACUUGAGAGGGAGCUCCAAGAAGAUGACACAGCUCAAAAUAAAAAUUAGGUAUAUUCUCGUAAAGUCAAGUGAGCCAUGACAUAUGAGCUCUUAUUGUGAGCACACAGGACGGUGGCAUCUUUCUAAGGUUUUUUUUAUUUUCCCAGCAAUCAGUACAACCAAGUCAUCGUUAUAAGGCAUCGCCCUCUUUGCCCACCCCC